AAAUUUCCAGUCUCUCUCUUUCGCGCUCUCUCAAUGUUCUUCCUAGUCUCACAGCAGCAAGACUCCGAUCAUCUCCUCCAUGAAUCUAUGGCGGAUCCAAACCAUCAAUCUCUGUCGCCGCCAUGCGCAAAUGGCCACCGAUCCACAGUUUCUCUCCGCGCCGACCAAGGCGGCACAUUCUGCUUCAUCUGCUUCUCCAAUCUCGUCUCCGACUCACGCACCCGUACCGUACACGUCUCCUACGCGCUUCACCAGCUCUCAAUUUCACUCUCUGAACCUAUCUUCCUCCGAACCGUACUCUCCUCUCAUAUCCACUUUCUCGUAUCGCCUCUCGUUCACGCUCUCUCUUCGAUUGAUGAUGCUCCAAUCGCUAUCCAGAUCAUGGAUAUGAUCUCUCUUCUAUGUUCCGCUGAGGAAUCUUCAAUCGGCGAGGAUUUUGUUGAGAGAAUCUCCGAUCAGCUUUCUUCUGGUGCUUUGGGUUGGAGCCGAAGACAGCUCCAUAUGCUUCACUGCUUUGGUGUUCUGAUGAAUUGUGAGAAUAUAGACGUCAAUUCCCAUAUCAGAGAUAAAGAAGCUCUUGUUUGCCAACUCGUUGAAGGUCUUCAAUUACCAAGUGAGGAGAUCCGCGGUGAAAUCCUUUUCGUUCUGUACAAGUUUUCUGCUCUACAGUUCACAGAACAAAAUGUUGAUGGCAUUGAAGUUCUUUCUUCAUUGUGUCCUAAGCUCUUAUGCCUAUCUUUGGAGGCUCUUGCAAAGACACAGAGAGAUGAUGUUCGCUUGAAUUGUGUAGCCCUUUUGACCAUCUUGGCCCAGCAAGGUCUUUUAGCAAAUUCACAUACAAAUAAUUUCAGCAGCAUGAGCUUGGAUGAAGUUGAUGAUGACCCUAUGCAGACAGCUGAGACUCUAGUCGCCAGGCCUUGUUUAAAUGUCUUAUUUGCUGAGGCAAUUAAAGGGCCGUUGCUUUCCACUGACAGUGAGGUGCAAAUAAGAACCCUUGAUCUUAUCUUCCACUACGUAUCCCAAGAGAGUAAACCAAGCAAACAGAUUCAAGUUAUGGUAGAAGAAAAUGUUGCUGAUUAUAUAUUUGAGAUACUGCGGUUAUCAGAAUGUAAAGAUCAGGUCAUCAACUCAUGCCUCAGAGUUCUUGAUCUAUUUUCCUUAGCCGAGCAAUCCUUUCGGAAGAGACUUGUUAUUGGGUUUCCUUCAGUCAUCCAAGUGCUUCACUAUGUAGGUGAAGUUCCUUGCCAUCCUUUUCAAAUCCAGACACUGAAGCUUAUUUCGAGCUGUAUUUCAGAUUUCCCUGGGAUUGCUUCUAGUACUCAAGUUCAGGAAAUUGCUCUGGUUCUGAAAAGGAUGCUUGAAAGAUAUUAUUCUCAGGAGAUGGGAUUAUUUCCGGAUGCAUUUGCGAUUAUCUGCUCAGUCUUUGUUUCCCUUAUGAAAACUCCAUCUUUUGCGGAGACUGCAGAUGUGUUAACAUCAUUGCAAGAAUCCUUGAGACAUGCCAUUUUGGCCUCUCUUAGUCCCCCUGAGAAAGAUUCAACCCAGAUAUUGCAUGCAGUCUACUUACUCAAUGAAGUAUAUGCAUAUUGUACUGCACCAACAUCCAUAAACAAGACCAGUUGCAUUGAGUUAAGACACUGUGUUAUAGACGUGUGUGCAUCACAUCUAUUGCCGUGGUUUCUUGCUGAUGUCAACGAGGUCAAUGAGGAAGCAACUCUUGGCAUAAUGGAAACUUUCCAUUCUAUUCUGCUACAGAAUUCAGAUAUUCAAGCCAAGGAGUUUGCAGAGAUGCUUGUUUCAGCAGAUUGGUUCAGCUUUUCAUUUGGAUGUCUUGGAAACUUUUGUACGGCUAACAUGAAACAGAGGAUAUAUUUGAUGCUCAGUUCCCUUGUUGAUGUUCUUCUCGAACAGAAAACGGGGUCACAUAUCAGAGAUGCUCUUCAUUGUCUUCCUUCUGAUCCACAAGAUUUGCUGUUUUUGCUCGGGCAAGACAGUUCCAAUAAUCAAGAAUUGGCUUCUUGCCAGUCCGCAGCUCUGCUGAUUUUCCAUACAAGUUGGAUGUACAAUGACAGGCUUGCAGAUGAUAAGCUGGUUUUAGCUUCUUUGGAGCAAUACAUUAUUCUAAACAGGACAAGUUUAAUAUGUGCAUUCUCUGAUUCUCCAGUUAUGCUCAACCUAGUGAAUCUGUAUGGUCUUUGCAGGAGUCUUCAAAACGAGAGAUACCAGGUAUCCUACAGUCUAGAGGCUGAGAGAAUACUCUUCCAUCUAUUAAACGAAUAUGAGUGGGACUUGGGUUCCAGUAAUAUUCAUCUAGAAUCUCUGAAGUGGCUUUUUCAACAAGAAAGUAUCAGCAAAAGUUUAACUUACCAGAUCCAAAAGAUCUCCCGGACCAACUUAAUUGGAAAUGAAGUUCACAAUGUAUAUGGAGAUGGCAGACAGAGAUCGCUCACAUAUUGGUUUGCAAAGUUGAUAUCAGAAGGAGACAACUAUGCCGCAACUCUUCUGGUUAACUUGUUGACACAACUCGCAGAGAAGGAAGAGCAAGAGAAUGAUGUUAUCUCGAUUUUAAAUCUAAUUACCACAAUUGUUUCUAUAUUCCCAACUGCCUCCAACCAUUUUUCUAUGAUUGGCAUUGGCAAUGUAGUUCAUAGACUCGUUUCUGGUAUUAAUAACUCAUCCUUGCGAACAUCGUUUAAAACACUCCUUCUGCUAGUAUUCAACAUUUUAGCUUCUGUGCAACCUGGAGUGCUAAUGAUUGAUGAAUCAUGGGAUGCUGUAUCGAUAAAGUUGUUAAAUUUUUUGAGCUUGCGAGACACUGCCAUAAAACAGAACCAUGAAGAUGUGAUGGUGAUUGGCAUUCUUUCAUUGGUUCUGUACCACUCUUCAGAUGGAGCACUUGUGGAAGCUUCGCGAAGUAUACUACUGAAUUCGUACUUGGUAUCAGCAAUCAAAACUGUGGUUGAUGUAGCUUGCUCAAAGGGUCCAGCACUGACUCAGUAUCAGGAUGAAACUGACAUUGGGGAGGCUCUAGCAUUCACGUUAUCUCUCUAUUUUUUCUCAUUAAGAAGUUUGCAGAUUGUUCUAGCUGGAGCAGUAGAUUGGCAAACUUUCUUUGGCACGUCGACCAGCCUAGAAACACUACCCGUAGUCUGCAUCCAUUGCCAUAAUUUGUGCAGGUUGAUGCUUUUUGGAGCACCACAAAUCAAGCUUAUCGCCUCUUAUUGUCUUUUGGAGUUGCUCACUGGACUAUCAGAACAGAUUGACAUAAAAAAAGAGCAACUACGGUGUUCAUCGAGUUACCUGAAAUCAAUGAAGGCUGUUUUAGGUGGUCUUGUAUUCUGUGAUGACAUAAGAGUAGCGACAAACUCUGCGCUUUGUCUGUCCAUGAUUUUAGGUUGGGAAGACAUGGAAGGAAGAACAGAGAUGCUUAAGACCAGCUCAUGGUACAGGUUUAUUGCAGAAGAAAUGUCAGUUUCCUUGGCCAUGCCUUGUUCAGCAUCAAGUGCAUACGUGAACCACCACAAGCCAGCAGUCUACCUAACCGUUGCCAUGCUAAGACUCAAGAACAAGCCAGUGUGGCUGGGAACUGUUUUUGAUGAGUCUUGCAUCUCUAGCAUGAUUCAAAAUCUGAAUGGGAUAAAUAUCAGCAGAGAGAUUGUAAUAUUGUUUCGAGAACUUAUGCAGGCUGAGCUAUUGAAUUCCCAGCAAGUGACCAAGUUGAAUCGUGCAUUCCAGGUUAGUAAUUCAGAUAAGGUUAGUCGAUAUAGGUUUUGAAUACAUCAAAUCGAUUUCAUAAAAAUCUCUGGUCCUGCAGGAAUGUAGAAAACAAAUGCACAGGAAUGGA